CAGUCCACCACACCCACAGCCACAGUCAGGGUCAACUUUCACAGGUUGGCAUUUUUGCUUUCAGCCAAGAAAGGUUAUUCUGCAGAGACUGUUGUGACUUCUAUGUGUUUCGAGACUGGGCAAUUCCAUCAUUUCCACACAAAGUGGAUACAGUGGAACUGAGGCUUUACAUGCCCUGGACGGGGGAAUACUUUUUUUUCUUCUUUAAAAAAAAUUUCCUCAGCUUGAAGAGUCCUUUAACUCAAAUCUUGACCUUUUACGUGGAUAUUGAAAGAUGCAUUUUGAGAUGGCAUCGUGUUCCAUUUUGUUCUUCACUCUAUUUUUGACAAUUGUCGAAACCAAGUUCUACAGACCCUUCCAGUUUAACCAGUAUAAAGCUGGGCUCAGUCCACAUCAUGAACAAGGGAAACCCACCAGCAGACACAAGAAUCAUUGUGCCUAUGUUGUUGAAAAGACAGUGUCCUUCACUGUGCAGGAUGGGGCAGCACCCUAUGUAAAAGCAGAGUACAACAAGUGUUCCUGGGGUCAAAAAUGUCCAACUCUUCUGUAUCGACUGAUGUACAAACCAAUGUACAAGGUGGCACAUAAAACUGUCACAGAGCUGGAGUGGCGUUGUUGUCCUGGUUACUCUGGGUAUGGUUGUAUGGAGGGACCUCCAGUUUACCAACACCCGAUGAAAAUGAUGCCGCCAUUCGAAGGCCCUCAAAUGAAAGGCCCACCAAUGAAGGGCCCAUCAAUGAAAGGCCCUCAAAUGAAAGGCCCACCAAUGAAAGGCCCACAAUUCAAGGGCCCACAGUACAAAGGUCCCAUGUUCAGGGGUCCCAUGUUCAAGGGUCCACCUAUCAACAGUGUUAUGAAGGCCAACCCAUGGAGUCAACCCAAAGGACCUCCCACUAGCAGUUUUCACUCUUACCCUAUGCGCCACUUUGGGCCUCCAGGGUCUUCCUCCUACCCAGACACCUCCUUUGAGCCGUUUCCACCUCAACCAGAGGCAGAGACAAAGCCAGAGCUACAAGAACCACAUCACACAGAGCAUGACCAAGAGCAUGAGCAUGAUCAUGAGCUCGAGCACAGCCAAGGACCUGAGGAACACAUACCAGACGAAAUCCCUCCCAUUCCCUCUGGUGUUGAACAGCGUGAGGGUGAACCAAUAGGCCAGACACUAGACAGCGAAACAGAGGAACGAAUAUUUCGAAUGGAGGAGGAUGUGCAACGUCUAAACCAGGGCCUGGAGAUCCUGAGGGGUACUGUGAAUGGACUGGAAGAUAGUCUACGGGCCUCGCUAAGAGAGGAUGCCAACAGGAUGCUAUCAGCUCUGCUCUCAGCUGUCCCGGGCCCCGUUCCUGCUCCAGCUGUUUCCUCUAGUCCGGACACUGUGGGGUUUGUAGAGAUUCCUGGGGGAGAUUCUGACACAGAGGGUCUAGAUGGCAGACAUGUGUUUCCAGGCCUUACAGAACUGAACGGAAGAGUGGAGGAGCUCAAGCUAGAGCUUAAAGCCAAGACUGCAGAGCUGCAGGAACUAAAAACGACAGUGAUGGGACACGAUGGAGCACUGAAAAAGAUGUCAAAUACAGAAGGUGCUGUAUCAAACACCACUGACAACCUUGGAGGCAGUGCACCAGGGGCUUUGGAGAAGUUAAUGGAUGCGAAGCUGAGUGAGGCAAGGACAGAAAUUCUUGGUGGGUUUGAGAAGCGUGUGGAGAGUGCAGAAGGUCGAUGUGAGGAGAAAGCCGGGGAUGUGCGUCGUCAGUGCCAGAGGGAACAAGGUGAGAAGCAGGAGCAGAUGGAAGAUGCUCUGGAGGAAAGUAACGCAAACUUAAGAUCAGAGCUGAGAAAGCUCCAGGCACAGAUUCAUGGUUUAAAGGCUACAGAGAGCUGCAGUAAUAGUGUGAGUGGCCUGACAGAAAGGGUGCAGCACUUGGAAACAUCAGUGACAGGCCUAAACCAGUCCCAGGGGCACCUGAGAGUGGAGCUGGGAGCACACAAGGACCAUAUAGAGGGGAUUCUGGAGGGGCGUCUGGGGUAUGUAGAGGACAAACUCAACUUGACUGGGAAGAUUCAAAGUGAUGAGGCUGGAAGGAGGGAUGGUGUCUUAGACAAAGCCAUGAAUGGACAUGGCCUGGAGUCCAGAAUGGAGGGUAAGUUGAGGGCUGUUGAAUACCGGUUACUGACAGCUUUGGAGGAGCUGGGUAAUGCCACGGCCCCUGCUCUGCUGGAGGGUCAUGCUGUUCCAGCUCUUGAGACAGAACUUGAGUCCUUGCAAGAGAGACUAGAGGUGGAUGUCGACAGACUGCAGAAGCAACUAAGCAGCCUUGAGAGACUCUGCUCCUCUUCCUGUUCCUCACCACAAAAUUCAGUUGCCAUCCAGGGAGAUUCUGCUGCGUCAAAUGCUAACCUGGAAAAGCAGCAGGAUUUGAAAGAGGUUCUUGACAUGCAAGAUGACCGUUUGCGCAGGCUUAAUGCCACACUAAACAACAUACUUAGGCGACUGACCCGCAAAGACCAACAGGAUCAAGUAGAGGGAGGCCAUCCCACCCAAGGACAGCUCACAAUCCUCAAGUUCAAUGUCCGCUCAGUCAACCACACCCUGAAGAGCCUCCAGGAUUCACUUGGGACAGUGGUGCAUCAGGUAGGUCAAGCAAACAACUCCUGGCAUGAGAGAGAGGCCCGUCUAGCCCAGCAGAUAAAGGGUGUAGUCCAGCUGGUUGGACACCAGGCCUCAAUGCUUGGGUCAGGUGAGCGCAGACUGACUCGCCUUAAGGCUGAGCUGCAGGAGUUGAGGCGAAGGCUAGCUGAGGAGGUCGGAGGCUGUCGAAGCACUGCUUUGGGGGUCCAGAAAGAGGUAACUGUGGUUGGGGGGCGUGUUGCCAAUGUGGAGGACAAGUGUAAUGGCCUGAAUUUCCUGGCAGAGGACCUGGAGAGAAUCAGGCAAGAGUUGGAAGGUCAAUCCAGCGGCCUCCUCCUGCAGGUCAACGGGACUCUCUCUAGUCAUACUCAGCAGCUUUCUGAGCUUAGAGCUGAACUCAGAAACUGCACCUCCAAGGCAGAGCCAACACAACAGACUCUUGAACUGGAAACAGAGCUGAAACGAGGGGACACCUUCACUUUAAAUUAGUUCAAUUUAAAUCAACAACAUAUUUAAAAAAUGAAUGAAAAAUAGUGUAUUUAUAACUGGGGUCCACAAAAACCACAUCUCAUUAUUUGAAUUGUAAAAUACAAAGGUUUUGAACCUGCACUGAUAAUGACAGGCUUCUUUUUGAUAGAAAGGAAAAGGCAGCUAAAUGUGACUGCACUAAUAACACAGAAUCAUGAAGGUGCUGACAUGAUUUUUUUUGUCAGAAUGGACCAUCAUAUAGAGCCCUAGUGAUUGAAGAAGGGAUUUAUAGCAUCAAAUUGCACAUGUGAUACUGUUUCUGUUUCUGUAAAGCUUACCAAAAAUCAUAUAUGAAAAGUUGUUUUAGAAUGUUUACAUGUUUAGGUUUUUUAUUGUUUAUCCUAUGUCCGAAGUUUACUAGAUAUUGUGUUUUUUUACUUUUUCACUUAAGUAUUGAUUUCUAUUACGGUUGUAAAAAUUCUGUUUUAUGUCAA